AUGAGACUGCCAUUCAGGAAGAAAGACAAGAAGCGGGACGGCCCGACAUCGCCUGUGCCAGCUGAGUUUCGGUCCAUCGCCGCAGUUGAUUCUUUGCGCUUCCCGCCGUCACAACUCUCGGCGAGGAUUUUGGCCCAACUGCCGGAUACGGUCCUUCACCGGAUUUUCGCUUCUGUCUGCCCGCUGGCACUGGAUAAGAGCUAUGAAACGUGUGAAGAAAGUGCGAAUGACGAAGGCUGUAUGCUCUGUGACGUGCGAGACCUGUCGCAUUGCACACAGAUAAACAAGAAAUGGCGAAAAGUUGCCCUUCAAGUCCUAUAUCACAGCGUUCGAAUCGAUCCCGUUCACUAUUGCAGAAUGGAGGCUUUCUUGGCGGAGCAACGGAAGAAAAAAUCCCGAUUCAAUAAAAAUGGGAUUCCUGAAGACCCGGCGCUUGCGCGAUUGAAAUUACUGCGCCGAACCGUCCGCGAGAAUCCCACCAAAAUCGGUAGUCUGGUUCAAUUUCUCAAAACUCCAUACAUGAUUCGAGAGUCGUGCCAUGUAGAAUUAGCACAGAUGAUUGCUAAGCUACCCAUGCUCCAAUAUGUCGACCUCCCAGAGGGUAUGUUUUGCGACGACCCUGCAUAUACGACGUUGCGACUAGAAGUCCAAGCAAAGUGCCCCUUCAUUAAGAAGGCGACAUAUGCGAGCGGCGCGGAGCGCAGUUUCGUUACGCUGGUUUCGGGUCAAAUUUGGCCAGAUCUUGAAGUGUUGGAGCUGACUGGCUUGAAGAUUGACCCGCAUAUACUAAGGGCCGUCUUGUCUUGCUUGCCUGAGCUUCGCGCUCUCAAGGUUUCGGAAACAUAUAGCCUUUCAGAUGACGUUCUGGUCGCUGACGAAAACCUGCCUCCUCUACCUGCUCUGGAGGAAUUGAUUCUCAAGGAUACGCCCAGUCUAACAUCAGCCGGGCUCGUGGACUACCUAUCCUUGAAAGAGACAUCGCAAGCCCUCAAGGUUCUGACCCUCAAAGAUACAGGCAUUCAACCUUGGAAGCUUCAAGAAGUGCUGGCAGUGGCCCCGUCGCUCAAGACUUUGGCCAUUCAGUCCAAGGUUUCAGAACAAUUUCCUCCCAACGAGCCUGUUCAGCCACUAAUGCACAGGGGGUUGAGGACACUCCGAUAUGAAAUAACAGGUACACCUUCUGCGGGACCGUUUGCGACGCAGGGGUACUAUUCCUACCUUUCAAACUGCGUGUUGGCAGGGAGUCUGCCUGGACUGCGCAGACUCUAUGUGCUUGACGAACAGUUCCCAGAGCAGUUGCAGUACCUGCCUCCUCCAAUGGCAGGUUUUGCUGGGGGGCGAGUUCGAACCUUGUCCAACUCAUCCGCACCUAUGAUACCGUCGGUUCGAGUCUCACCUCCAGAGUUCCCCAUCCCGUUGUCACCCCCUGCUCGUCAAGGGCUUGACAGCCCAUCGUCUCCUACUCAUCAAAGUUUUGGCAGCGUAUUGCCCCCUACCCGCAAGAACGUAUUGUCCCUUACCCGUCAAAAUUUUGGCAAUAUGGCGUCUCCCGUCCGCCAUAACUUUUCAAAUGCUGUCAGUCCGAACCGUUUCAGUUCCCACAGUCUGUUCGCAGAGGCAGCCGGUAGUUCUCCCCCAACGCAGACUCUAGAAAUCUUCACUAAGAGUGACGAAUUUGGUCAAUGGAACUUUGCUCGGGUAGAUUCGUUCACAAGAGCAGCAUCAGGGUCGCCUCGUCGUCCGACUAGCAGCUACGGGCUCGGUGCAGAUGUUACGGGCCAGGGCUGGGACCGUGGUGAAGCACGGCGUAGUAUCAUGAUUGGAAAUGGGAUGAGUGGUUUCUCACCGGUCCCGGGAGAUGAUGGUGACGGAGGCUUUACAUUUGGUCCCGUUCCUGUCCCGGGUGGUGCGAAUCCAUCUACACCAAGGAGCAGCGCGGGCGAUGUCAGAAGGAUCAGAGGCAUGGCAACCAUUUGUCAACGCCUGGUCACAUCCUAUGAUAGCCGACUAACCAACGACCGAUGUGCAUGGCGUAGUACAAUUCUCAAUUCUUGUGCCCCACAAUCUAUUAUGUAUCCACUGGUCGACUCCUACAUUAAAGUCCUCAGUCGCUAUUUAUUCCAGGGCUCCAUCUGCACCAAUUUGUUCGAUUUUGACGCGCGGGAAUGCAAGUGGACCGCGACACGGCGACGACCUCGCUGCCACAGUAUUUGUAGCUCCUAUCAAGAAACAGGGAUUAUCAGGGGCUAUAAAGCACAGGGCGGGAUUUACAACGUAGCGUCCGGCCAGGCCUUGGAUACCGCAGAGAAUGGGAAAGCGGCAUCCAAGAGACCUGUUGAGAUGGGCCUGCGUGAAAACUGGACAACGCAUCACGACCGACAUGGACAAUGCAUAUUUUACCUGAUGCCUCGAUGCAUCGCUCCAUCAACCAGUUACCAGCCAAAUCCAUUCCCUGCGCUCCCUUUGGCCAACAGAAAAGCGACCCGCGGGGCUCCACCUGCCGGCGCGUCCCAUUCCAGCAAUGCGUGCCAGCAGCGGCGCACCCUUGUGGCUGGGAUAGUCGGUACUCCGCCCUGGAGAGCGGGCUGGGUUCAUCAUGUGAUGGACGAAACGAAACGUGGUUGUUCUCAGCAAUCCGAGGAAGCCAAGAGCGACGGUCAAAGCACAAAGAAGUUGACGUUUGAUAGAUGCAACUCUCGUGAUGCCGCACAUGCCCUACGCAUCACCACAUCAGACGACUUUGGCACAAUGCCUGUUUUAACCCCCUCUGAAAUGCUUUGCACAAAAAGUGCCAUGAGAACACUCGGGCUCUAUCUGCGACCAGAACGAUAUAUCGGCUCGUCCAAGGCGCGCCAAAAGCAGGAGAAACAUGCGCGUCAUCUCGACCAAGUGAUGAAAGUGGAGGAGGCUCGUCUGUCAAGGGAGGUCUGGGCCGCACAACAGGUUGCGCAGAGCCAAGGGUCAGAUCCAUCCGACUUGAUUUUAAUGGGAUUCAAAGACAUUCCAGAGGGAUUGAGCAUUCACAUGACGCACUGUGAAUGCCGUCCAUGA